AUGAUUUCCCGUGUCGGAUUAUUGAACAAACAGACUAUCAAUUUGGUCGCUAGAAACACCAUCAACACCACCAGAGCAAGAACUAAUGUGCUUCAAAGUGGCGCCAACUCUAUGCUCCUCAAAAGACUUGUGUCAACUGUAUCCACCACUCCUAAUGAAGAACAAGAAGUACUUGUCGCUCAGCGUAAGAACAGGCCGGUAUCACCUCAUUUGGACAUUUACCAACCACAAUUAACUUGGGUAUUGUCAGGUUUACACAGAAUUACUGGUGUUGCUAUGGCCGGUGCCUUCUACGCCUUAACCUGUACAUAUGCUGCCACUUCCAUCUUGAAUAUUCCAUUUGACGCUGCCACCUUAGUAAAUGCUUUUGCAAGUUUGCCCGUGUUUUUGCAAUACACCAUCAAGGCUGCUGCUGCUUUCCCAUUUGCUUUCCACUCCUUCAAUGGAAUAAGACAUCUUAUUUGGGACACUGGUAGAGAGUUGACCCUCAAGGGUGUUUACCGUACUGGGUACAUUGUUUUGGGAGCCACUGCUGUUGUAGGUUCCUAUUUGGCCUUUUUCUGGUAA